AUCUCUACUUUAAAUUCGUCAGUUUCUCCAUCUUGACUUUUAAGUUUCAGACAUCUUCUUCGUCUCUGGCCCUGCACUCGAGUUUCUGAUGGAUUGGCAAGGGCAAAAAGUAGCGGAGCAGACAAUGCAAAUAAUGCUGUUGGUGUUUGCGGUGAUUGCAUUCAUUACAGGUUAUGUAUUGGGAUCGUUUCAGAUGAUGAUCCUCAUAUAUGCUGGUGGUGUGACUCUCACCACAUUGAUUACUGUUCCAAAUUGGCCUUUCUUCAACUGCCACCCACUCAGUUGGUUGGAUCCCAGUGAAGCUGAGAAGCAUCCCAAGCCACAGGUGGCUGUGAGUUCAAAGAAGAAAGCCACCAAGAAGUAGGUCUUUUUAAUUGAUCUUAGCAUCAUUAGAGUUUGAUACAGGCUGAAUUGAUGUUUUCUGCCUUCAAGUGCAUCAAUGGAUACUGUAGUCUACUUAAUUUCCCCCAAAUUUUGAACUAUGGAAUGAUCGUUUGAAGGGAAUUCUUCUGUUAUGCAUCUCUUUCUUCUUGACGCCUCUAA